GUCGCGUGGUAUGGAAUCAGUAGCGUAGGCAGCUGGUAGCUGACAAAUCAAUUAUGUAAGAAGUAAGACUGGGUUAUUCAGAGAAGUUCUGCAUUCCGUACAAAGCCCUUUUCCCCCGACAAUGCAAUACAACUAAUCGUUUUCCCUUGACCAGUGGUGCUUGCAGACAGGUAUUUGUCUCAUCGUCCCAGGACUUUGGUACUGUAUGAGAGCUGUGAAUCUGUCAAAUUCCAAGAAAACCUUUUGAAGACGAUGCUGCAAAUCGAAGACACUUUUUUUGAACUGGGUCGAACGUGCAAGAGAGACUGUCUGAUAAUUUGUGAUAGAGGUGCUAUGGACGCAUCUGCAUUUGUCACCAAAGAAAGAUGGGAUGAAAUCAUGAAAGAAAAUUGCUGGAACAGCGUCGAAUUGAGGGACAAUAGAUACAAUCAAAUUAUCCAUAUGGUAACUGCUGCUAAGGGCGCUGAAGAAUUCUAUUCUACCGAGGAUCACAAUUGUCGAUCAGAAAACGUUGACCUGGCACGCGAACUUGACAGUAGAGCGGCUGCUUCUUGGGUGGGUCAUCCAUACUUUGACGUCAUCGACAAUUCCACCGAUUUCGAGGACAAGAUUAGGCGCAUGAUCGGAUCUGUUUGCCACAAGAUCGGCAUUGACACAGGCGAUAGGUUAUUAAAGAAUGCCAGAAAACACAAAUUCUUAGUAGAAGGCCCCUUGCCAGAGGACAGCGUGUUUCCGCCCUUCCAAGACUUCGAAGUAGUCCAUAAUUAUCUGCAGUCGAACUCGCCUAAUCAGGUCAGGUUAAGAAAACGCGGCCAAAAAGGUCAUUACAGUUACAUCCACACGGUGAGAAGACAGAAUACGCCUGGUGGCCAAGUGAUUGAGGUCAAAACACAGAUCGGACAUAGAGAUUAUAUCAACCUUUUGACGCAGAAAGACAUUGCACAUUUCACCAUUUACAAGAGGAGAAGAUGCUUCAUACAUAACAAUCAAUAUUUUCAGUUGGAUAUGUACGAACAGCCUAGUCAUCCAAGGUGUAAAGGGCUGAUUCUGUUGGAAACAUAUUCUGCUGUGGACGAUGAACAACUACAGCAGACAUUGCCACCAUUUUUGAACAUUAAAAAAGAAGUCACUGGAAAUCCUGAUUAUUCUAUGUACAACCUUUCCUUACGAGAAGAUUGGAAGACUUCAAAGAAAUUCUGCCGUUCAAUCAUUGGACCAGAGACUCAACCAAAUGAAUCUGGUGAAAAUUAUUAUCAAAAAGACAGAAACGAAACCAGUGGCCACGCGCAGACACAGGCCUGUAAGACCAAUGGGUAUAACAAUAAGGAAGUUAUGAAGCCGACCAUCAAUGGCAAGAUUUGAAGGGUGAUAAGCAGGUAUUUUUAUUAGUAUUUUCUGCAGUAAAAUGUACUUAGGAUUUAAUUUAUAUAACUUAUCAACAAAGAUCAUAGGAUUUCAAUAGUAACAGUAUUUUUAAUUAUUUAAAUUAUCUUGUGUUGGAAUCAUUGGAAGCGUAGCUGAAUAGCAGUGGCCAUAGGAUAACUUGUCAGUUUGACAGCAGUUUCCAUCUUCUGGCUUUCAGAUUUGAUAGUUCUUUAUGUUAACGCUAUUCCACGGCUACUGCUAUUCAGCAUAAACGCGCUGGAUCGCUUUACGUUGGCUGAACGCUUCCAAUAUCAACUACAUUGUAAUACAAAGUUGCUUGUGAUUAUAAAAUGACCAAUAGUAUCGAAAAUAUUGAAUUUUACAAAUUAUAUCCAACACCUUAUAAGUACCUGUCAAUAAAAGUAUUCUAUAUGUAGUUAUGGUUUCUGAUCCAACUGUAAUUUUGUUAGUCAUGAUUCUAUAAAUUUUAAUUGUUAAAAAACAUCUUGUAAUUUGUUUAUGGACACAGAUGUCAUCAUGCGAUUAUAAAAUUGUAGUUAGUGUUGUAUCAAUUCAUUUAAAGGUAGGAAAUAAGUUCUAGCCUGUGAUUAUAUAAAUAAAGUCGCCCAAAAACUACGAUACAUGUUUUUAUUGAUAUUGGGGUUGGAAUGUUACUAAAUAUCAUUUAUGUAUGAAUGCAUAUUUCUUGCGAGAUUUAAGAGUAUAUCUAACGCGACUUGGUAGGCGUUAAAUUAUCAGAGUAUAAUAUUGUUUUUGAGUAUUGCUAUAAUUGCAUUGAAUUAGUAAAUUGAAAGCAAACUUGCAUGCUUGGAAAAUUUGGUUGUUUUAUUGACGCGUUUAUGCUUUUUAUAAGCUGUGUGGG